AUGUCCGACUGGCGCUCCGAGUAUCUAGCUUCCAUCAGGGAGCAGGAGAAGAACAACCCCGUCAAUCUCGAAAUCGUCCAACUCUGCUCCCAGCUCUCCGACCGCGUCGCGGCGCUCGAAGCCGAGAAGGAAGUCCUGAGGUCCAAAAUCACACCCGACGACAGGAAACUCUCCGAGAAGCCGAACACGACCGCCGCUGCCGUUCCGAUCGAUCCCAGCUCCGACCCCAAUGUCGCGCAGCUUCAACUCCAGCUCGCCGAGGCGCUGCGGUCCAACGGUACCCUCAAGGACCGCGCGAAGGCGGCCGAAGAUGAGCUCCAGGCGCUGCGCAGCAAAACCAAGGAGGACGCAAGGAAGAUGAGGAGCCUGGCUGCCGAGAGCACGGCGCUAACGACGAAGCUGCGGGACCGCGAGCACGAGCUACGCGAGAAGCGCAAGCUGGUAGAGAAUGUCCAGGACGAGAUGAUCACGAUGAACCUCCAAAUGUCCAUGGCCGAGCAGGAGCGGGACAAGGUCAAGAAGGAGAACAAGGAGCUCGUCGACCGCUGGAUGAAGAGGAUGGCACAGGAGGCCGAAGCCAUGAACCUCGCCAACGAACGUUGA